AUCAGUAACAAAGGGAAUGAGGAGAGGACUGAACACAUCCUGCAACAACUCAGUGAGCGUGUAGGACAUCCACCGUGUGAGGGACAAGAGUGGAUGAUAAGAGCAUCUGCCUGGCUGCCCAACAUCGCAACGAUGAAUGAGAGUCGAAGGGAAGCACUGGCGGCAGCAGCCCCAGCUCUCACCACCGCCUCUUCCUCCGUGGCUGGCUCCAACACCACCAACAUGGCCGGCCCGGGCACAGGCGAGAAGGAUGAAGCCUUUUCCAAGCUGAAAAACAAGUUCAUGAAUGAGCUGAACAAAAUCCCAUUACCAUCAUGGGCCAUUGUCUCCAUUGCCUUUGUGGCCAUCAUCCUGGUGUUAGCAUGCUGCUUCUGCAUAUGCAAAAAGUGGAUAUUCAAGAAGAAAAACAAAAAGAAGGGAAAAGACAAGGGCAAGAAUGCCAUAAACAUGAAGGACGUCACAGAUGGAGCCAAAACCGAGGCCUUGAAGGAUGAGGAGGAUGCAGAAACAGGGCUGACUGAAAUGGAGAAAGAGGCCGAGCCCAAGGAGGACGAGAAACUUGGCAAAUUACAAUACUCCCUGGAUUACAAUUUCACAGAGAAUACGCUCAUAGUGGGGAUCAUUCAGGCAGCAGAGCUACCUGCUAUGGACAUGGGUGGCACAUCCGACCCGUAUGUAAAAGUCUACCUGCUGCCAGACAAGAAGAAGAAAUUUGAGACGAAGGUCCACAGGAAGACCCUCAACCCUGUCUUCAAUGAGCAGUUCACCUUCAAGGUCCCCUAUGUCGAACUUGGUGGGAAGACACUGGUAAUGACGGUGUACGAUUUUGACCGCUUCUCCAAGCACGAUGCCAUUGGUGACAUCAAGGUGCCCAUGAACAAGCAAGAGAAGUUGGGUGACAUUUGCUUCUCUCUGCGAUACGUUCCCACUGCUGGCAAGCUGACCGUGGUCAUUCUUGAAGCCAAAAACCUGAAGAAAAUGGAUGUGGGUGGCUUAUCAGAUCCUUAUGCAAAGAUCCACCUGAUGCAAAAUGGCAAGAGGCUGAAGAAGAAGAAGACGACAAUCAAGAAGAACACCCUCAACCCCUAUUAUAACGAGUCCUUUAGCUUUGAAGUCCCAUUUGAACAAAUCCAGAAAGUGCAAAUUGUUAUAACUGUUCUGGACUAUGACAAGAUCGGGAAAAACGAUGCCAUCGGCAAGGUCUUUGUGGGCCUCAACAGCUCGGGGACAGAGCUGCGCCACUGGUCCGACAUGCUGGCUAACCCCAGGAGACCCAUCGCCCAGUGGCACGUUCUGAAGCCUGAAGAGGAGGUGGAUGCUCAGCUCUCCACCAAGAAAUAGACAGGGCCCUUUCAGCACCUGCCUUGUAGUACUCUUUAGCUAGUAUGUGUAAAUACCUCAGUGAUAUAUGGGUCCAUUCAUGUAACCCUGCCCUUCUCUCAUCAUCUAAACCUCCUGAGUUCAGACACAACGUCCCGCCAUAUCCCGCUUUCUUUCCCUUUGGGUUGUUUCUUUCUGUUCUCUCUGAUUUAGCAGUCGUUGAUUUAUCUGACCCCUUAACCGCCACGACCAAAUGCCCCCUUCUUUUAAGCAAUAUGAUCUGUAUAGAUAGCGCAUGACUGAAAGAAUUUAUUGUACCACAGUUGUAUAUAUAAGUAUGCAGACAAAAAUGAUUUCUAGUUUGUGUUUGUAUGUUGUUACCCGUUUCCUAAUCUGUGUAUAUCUUGAUGUUUUUAAUAAGAUGUUCUAUUUUAAAUUAUGUAAAUGCAGAUAUAGAGGAAAGCCAAUAUUAUAUAUCCCAGGAUUUAAAAAUUCUACCUUAUUACCUUAUUGCAUUCCAGUGAAAAAUAAUUAAUAAUUCCAACCUGCAAGAUACUAGUAUGAUCAUGUUUGCAUUGUAAAGGAUGACGUCUGGCUUUAAGUUUAGCAAAACAUCUUCACAGAAAAGACUAAACAGAUUAAUAUAUCCACAAAAAAAGCAAGGCCAUUAACUAAUAUGGUUCUGUGGGAAAUAUUAUGCUGCUGGAAAUUAUACAAGCACAUGAUUUCUUACAAUUUUUUGUACUUGUUUCUCAAUUAGAGGACUUACAGUACUGUAUGUGUUGAGCUUCAAACGGUUGUUCCUUGGCAUUUAAUUUCUACAUAUUUGGCACAAAAAAGGCCCCCUUUCGCAUCUCCUGGCUUGUUUUUCAUAUGUAAUAUAUGGAUACAGACUGCUCACAGAACUUUUAAGUGGAGAAAGAAGAUAAAGCACCAAGCUGUAGCCAUUGUGUCCUUAAAACUUGUUUAACAAUAUUUUGUUUAAACAGCCUUUUCAUAGCUGAAAGUACGUCAAGUUUAAAUAAGAGUUGAAAAUUUGAGAAGGCGUUUGGUUUGUUUUGGGGUUUUUUAGAAGGGCGUAGGCCCAAAGCUCUGGUUUUCAGGGGACAGUUUUUUUUCCCGAGAUGUUUAGAGUCUUGAAUAUUUUUGGUAACUUGCAUGUUUCGGGUUUUUUUUUUUUUUUUUUCAAAAAAAUGUUUACUCAAGGUUUGGCUGGGGGCAGAUCUGCCGACACCAGGGGAAGCUCUUCUGACACAAUCCCCUUGCCUUCAAUCAGAGGAGAGGACAAAAAGAGUUGGAACUUUGGGUCAACGCCAUGUUGACCGAGUUCAGUUUCUUAACACUGCCAUUUUCAGGGAGCUGACUCAUGGAGAGGACCUCCUCCUCAUGCACACUCCCGCUUGCUUGUUGUAGUAGCUUUGGUUUUUUGGGAACAAUGUCUUUGGCUGCAGUGGUGCCCUGAAUCGCAGUCUUUGCUUUGCGUUGCCUUCUCACAGUGACAAUAGAGCUAGCCAUGUUUUACUGCCAAUUUAAACCUUUAUGUGGCUGCUUUUUUGCACUGGAUGUCGUUGAACCCGCUCGUCGGCCAGUUUAGGGAACAUUUGUGGAUGUCUGUCCGCCAGCUUUGUUACAGGACACUUGCGGUUGGAACCAGAGAGCCGCCUUUCGACCAACAGUAGUUGCAUCUGUUUUGUUUUCUUGUUGGCACAUGACUUCAUCUGGAGAGUAGGAAAUAACCGUAAAAGUUAAUGGUCUGCAUUAGCGAUUAGUCCAUCAUGUCCUUUACUACGGGUCCAAUUAGGGAAGGGAAACUCCAUGAAAACCAUGAAGUCUCUUAUCUUGGAGGAACCUCUUGCAUAUACUCGAUGCUAGCUUCAGGAGGACUAUCUAAAUGUUUUCAAUGUUAUUGUGUAGUUGAUAGCACUAUUAUGAAAAAGCUACUUGUCAUUCCAUAGGAGUCUGAGGACUGCUUUGUGUAUCACUGUGACUGCCGUGUGUGCUUAAAGAUGUAGACUUAUCAGUAGGUAGCAAGUUUGUUCUGUAGUGAUGUCGUAGCGUUUAAUGCCAUCCCCCCUUCUACACACAGCCAGACAGAAAGAGCGCGUUGUCGCAUGACUUCACGCAUUUUAAGAGCAGGUUGCUUCACACAGCAUUUUGUUGAGCACUGUGCAAUACUUGUAUGUUCAUCCCAUAGUGUUAACUUGGGUGGCGUCGCCGAGAAGAAAACUGAUUCUAACCCUCCAGGAUGACGUUUCUCCUUUCUAUUGAGAUGGUUAGGACACAGCACACAUAGAUUCAGCUUAUAGGUUGGAGCUUGUUGACUUUGUAGGGUUUCCUCCCUUUUCACAGGUUCGUUUUCUCCUCUUGCACACAGUUCCAGCAUCAGAAGUAUCAGGGAGUCUUAGAUAAAUACCAAACAAAAUAAAUGUCCCCUUAAGAAAAAGUCCUUGUAUAUAUCAACAUCAUCAUCAUGUCAGAAAUGUAUAUCUAAAUAUGAAGCGACAUAAAUAUAACUAUUACGCAGCACAUGUUUUUCAUCCAUCAUUCACCAAGUUCUGUUUCUUGGUUUCUGACCAGUUGAUUCAAAUCACUUUUAUAUUGGAGAUGAAAACUCUGAAUGUACAAAAUGGCUUGUGUUGUGUGGAUUACUUUAACCGUGAGAUUAUUAGAUGUACUUGAACUUUUUGUUGCUUUAAAAAGUCUAUAUAGUAAUUUUGUUAAUAGUUUUCCAACUAUUAUGAAUACAUGUCAUGACCCUAUAUGGAGUAAAAGCUCCCCUGUCUGAUUACAUUCCAAAAUCAUACCUAUUCCUCCUGAACAAUGGGUCCUUUAGUUUGACGUUUCACUUACCAUGAACUCCAGAACAGCUUCAGAUCUAGAUAAAGGUAAAAACCGAUUAAACCAAGAGCAAAUUAAGAUGAAUUUCAUCUCCGAACAUUUUUCCGGCAGGAACCUUUCGAUCAGAAAUUAGUGUGAACGUAUCAGGGAACACAGUAAUGGGCAGCAUUGCAGAACCCAUCACAUUGCGAUGUGUGUGGACAAACUACAAAGCAAAAGCCAUUACCUGCCCUGCGGCGCAAUGCUCCUCCUAUUACCGUUUCCUACCAAAGCACGCAUGAAUAAUCAAAAUCCCCAAAUUUCCCUAAUUGCAAACGACAAAAAAAGAGCUUAUUGAGCUCUCUGUGUGACAAGAUUCUCCGCAGUGAUACCAACGAAAGCCACAUUGACCUUUCAAGAGCAAAGCUGUGUAAAGUAUUAGAAUCUGAUGCUGUAGAAAGAUCCUAGUUGCCUUUGUGUAUAUCAACUGCCUGCUUGAGUAUUUUGUGUGUGGAAGUUUUCUCUGUAAUCUUGUAGAACUGUUUGGGGUGUUUUUUCCUGCCAUAUCGCUCGCAGCGACAGCGAGCCGCUGACAGUUAUAUUUGCUGUGUAUACCUUCAUUUUUGAUGAGGUGUUUUACAGUUUUGUUUCACUUUGUGUAGUGAUUCACUCUGUGGAGUUUUCUGACUGUUGUUAUAUAACUUCAUAUACACAAAUGAUCAAUAAAAAUGUUUUAUUUCCUGUUGAGACAGAAGA